AUUUGAGAAUGGUUUUAACUUGACAAUUCAAAACUGUAGUGAAUGUUGCAGUCUUGCAUAUAUAUAUACCAUUACCAUAUUCAAGUUUACAUGAACUUGUGAGUGAGUCCACCCAUCAUUGACUUUCUAUAGAGUUGAAAAAAUUACCUAAUUGGUGGUGAUCCAAUGGUUGAAGUUGAACUGGUCGGUCACUUUGUAAGUUGAUUCUUUCUAUUAUCUUUUUUUUUUAACGUCAUUAAUUAUAGUUCCAUAAGGAUAAGGACCAGUCUUUUCCACUGAUUGACCACAUUUACUCCAAACAAAGAAAUGUAUAUUCAAGAAAUUAAAAAUUAAUUACUUGCACAUUAAAUACUAAAAUAGAGAGAGACUGGGAUAUUCAAAUCAUUUAAGUCCUUUGAACAGAAACACAUGUCUAUAUAGUUUGUCACUCGUGAAAUCCUAUAGCCAUUUUUAAUUUAUAACUCAGAACAACGUUGAGAGAUCUGUUCAUCAAAGAAAUGUCAAACCCAACGUCUUUGUGUUUUUUCUAUGAACUCUCAAACUCUUCUUUCAUGGAAGUAAAUGAAGACAAGACCCCAUCUAUGCAAACUAAUCUUCAAGGAGAAGAAACUUCAUUAGGAAAGAGAAAAAUAUCUUCAAUUGUGGAGACAGAAGAUAAAAGGGAAGAGAAGAGAAUAGCCUUCUCCUCUCAAGAACCUCUAGAAGAAGAAGAAGACAUUGAUAUGAUCGAGGAAGAUCCAGAAAGAGAGGAUCAUAUAGAUAAUAACGAGAUAACCAUGGAAGACAACGUUCUUGAAGAAGAGUAUGUCGUUGACUUUUAUGGUUUCUUUUGAAACAUUAUCGUUGAAUUUAUUUUAUUUUUUUCCUUUUCGAAACCUAUCUUCUCUUGGCAUCUGCGUUGACUUUUUCUUAUAAUCUUUGCUUGAUUGCUUCCUAUGUCGUGUAAUUAUUUUUACUUAUUUGGAUAACUAAGAACUUCUAAGCCUUAAACCCCAUAACUUCCUCGGAUUAGAGACUACAUGAGAUUAACAGUCCAUGUAAUUAUAUAUACGAAAUGGAAAAAAAGAUUCUCUGUUUC